AGAACAUGUUGGAGAAGGAGUGAUCAGAUCCGGUAGAGUUUUGGUGUUUUUUUUUUUUUUUUGGGAGAAUCUGGCCAUUGUCUCUUUCAAGGGGGGGAAGCAUAGGAUGGUCCAAAGGUGAUAGUAUAAAGAGAUAAUUGCUUUCAAUGCCCACGCGUGGCAUAGUGAUAUUCCUUCACCUCCCCAUAUUUAAUGUCAUUAGGUGGUUCCAUUGAUCACUCACAAGGCUACUAUCACAUUGUCAGCAACCACCAAUCUCUUCCCUCUCAGAAGGCUUUGGACAAGAGAGAACGAAGAUGGUAAAGUUUUCCAAGCAGUUCGAGGGGCAGCUUGUUCCUGAAUGGAAAGAGGCCUUUGUCGAUUAUUGGCAACUGAAGAAGGACCUCAAGAAAUUCCAUCCCCUUAACGAGACACCAGCACCUCCCAAAAAACAACAUACUUCUUUAGUUAGUACCAUCUUAUCCUUACAAGAGAAGCUCUCUUCUUUUUGCCAAAAAAAUACGGACCAUGGAGCAAUUCAUGUUCAUAGAACGCUUGCAUCUUCAGCUGGCAAAAACGAUGUGUAUGAGACAGAAUUGCUGGAGCAAUUCUCAGAUACUAAUGCUGCCAAUGAAUUCUUCCAAUGUUUGGACAUGCAGCUGAACAAAGUGAACUGGUUUUACAAAACAAAGGAGAAAGAAUUUUUGUACAGAGCGGAGUCCUUGAAGAAACAGAUGGAGAUUCUCAUCGAGCUCAAAACUGCCCUCAAGCAAAAGAGUAGCAAAGGAGUUUCUCCUCAGGACUUCAAUGAGGAUGCUUCUAUUUCUUGCACAAUUUCAUGUGGUAAAUGAUCCUUUUUCUGUCUAAAGUGAUAGCAAAACUCAAAAUUUCAAGCUUGACAUGCUAUGCCAAACUCCAAGGAUGUUUUAACUUUUAGGUUAACUGUCAAUAUUGGUCCCUCAACUUUAAAGUUUUUUAUAAUUUUCAUCCCUUAAUUUUUUAUGUACUUUUUUAGCCCUCAUUUAUUAAAAAUGUACUUUUUUU